GUCCUUCCACUUCCGCCAUAUCAACAAAUAAAAGAAUCUCAAUUUCUCAGCAGAGAGCUCUCGAAGCUCUCAAUCUACAUCCAUGGCGCCUCUUUCUUCAAUGCUUUUCUUUGCUUUUUGUUUCCUUUUCUUUUACUCUUCCGCCGGGAAAGUCUCGCCGGACGCCCACCGCCUCACCGUCGAACUCGCUGACCUUCUGCCGUCCGCCGCCUGCAACCGCCGCUCCGUUCAAGCCCAAGAUUCAGGUCGGAGAACGCAGUCAUCACUGGAAGUGAUUCACCGGCACGGGCCAUGCGGCGGCGGAGAAUCGAAAGCACCGACGGCCGCGGAAUUAUUCGUUCAAGAUCAGGCUCGAGUGGAUUUCAUCCACUCGAAAUUCUCAGGGGACUUCAAAUCCAUCGAUCGUUUACGGCCGUCGAAGGCCACGAAAAUCCCGGCGAAGUCCGGCGCCACCAUCGGGUCCGGGAAUUACAUAGUGAAUGUUGCUCUGGGGACGCCGAAGAAGUACUUAUCGCUUAUAUUUGACACCGGCAGCGAUCUGACGUGGACUCAGUGCGAGCCGUGUGCCAGAUAUUGCUACAGCCAGAAGGACCCUGUUUUCGCCCCUUCCCAAUCCACCACUUAUUCCAACAUCACUUGUUCUUCGCCUAUCUGCUCUCAGCUUGAAUCGGGCACAGGGAACCAACCUGGUUGCUCCGCCGCGAAAUCCUGCAUUUACGGAAUACAAUACGGCGAUCAAUCUUUCUCCGUCGGAUAUUUCGCCAAAGAAACUUUAACCUUGACGCCCACCGAUGUUAUCAGCAAUUUCCUCUUCGGUUGCGGCCAAAACAACCGUGGACUCUUCGGCAGCGCCGCCGGUCUCAUCGGCCUUGGCCAGGACAAAAUCUCCAUCGUCAAACAGACCGCCCAAAAGUACGGUCAGAUCUUCUCCUACUGCCUCCCUAAAACCUCAAGUUCCACCGGCUACCUAGCCUUCGGCGGCAGUGGCGGUGGCGGCGGUGCUCUGAAAUACACGCCGAUCACAAAAGCACACGGCGUCGCGAAUUUCUAUGGCGUCGACAUCGUCGGUAUGAAGGUCGGAGGAAUUCAGAUCCCGAUCUCGGCGUCGGUCUUCUCGACCUCCGGCGCGAUCAUCGAUUCCGGCACGGUGAUUACGCGGCUGCCGCCAGAUGCGUACAGCGCCUUGAAAUCGGCGUUUCAGAAAGGAAUGACGAAGUAUCCGAAAGCGCCGGAGCUUUCGAUUCUGGACACGUGUUACGAUCUGAGCAAAUACACCUCUGUAGAGAUCCCGAAAGUGGAUUUUCUUUUCAAAGGAGGAACGGUACUCGAACUGGACGGCACCGGAAUCUUGUACGGAGCAUCGACGACUCAGGUCUGUUUGGCAUUCGCCGGAAAUAUGGAUCCGAGCUCCGUCGCCAUUAUUGGGAACGUGCAGCAGAAGACUCUGCAGGUAGUUUACGAUGUCGGUGGAGGGAAGAUUGGGUUUGGUUAUAAUGGUUGUUAAGACAGUUCGCUGUGGGGCUAAUGAUUGGGAAAAAGAAAGAAAAAUUAUUCAAAAUAAGGGUUUGAAAAGUGAUGAAAAUUGGAUCACUCAUGAAUUGUGUGAAAACAAAUUUAAAA